AUGGGGGCGGCCGCGGCGGCGCGGCACCGCGCGCGGACCCUUCAGGCGGUGUUCGGGGAGUGGCGUGAGCUGGCCGCGGAGACGCACGCGCCGCUGCGGAGGGACGAAGAGGCCGUGUGCGCUGCGGCGCGGCAGCAGCUGGCCCGCAACGUGCGGCGGCGGGCGCUGUGUGCGUGGAGGGACCACGCGGCGGCGCGCAGGGACCUGCGCGCGCGGGAGAGCUACCUGCGCGACACGUGGCGACGUGAGCGGCUGCAGAGGUUGCUGCGGGGCUGGCGGGACGCUGCGGGGACGUCUGCGGCGCGGCGGGAGGUGGUGCGGGGGGUGUGUGUGCGGCGGUGCGCCGAGGGGGCCGCGGAGGUCGCGCGCGCGGCUCUGGGCGCGUGGAGCGCGUGGACCGCGCACGAGCGGGCGCUGCGGACGGCCGCGGCCCGCCACGUGCGCCGGAAGCAGCACGAGCGCGCGGCGUGCGUGCUCGGCGCGUGGGCGGACUGCGCGGCGCGCGCGCGGGCGAACGAGGCGUCGCUCGCGAGGCACCUCGAGGCGCGACGGCUGCGGACGCUGCGCGCGUGCGUCGAGCGCUGGCGCGAUGAGGCGCGUGCGAAUGCGCGGCUGCAGCAGCUGGGGCGCGCCGCCGUGGCCGCGCGCGACAGACGCGUGCGGGCGCGGUGUCUGGGGGCGUGGCGGCUGCUGGCGAGCGACGCGGCAACGGCGACGGCGGCGCAGGAGGCGUCGUCGCUCGCGUCGCGGCUGGCGCAGACGGAGGCGGAGCGCGACGCAGCGCGGAGCGCGUCGCAGGCGGCGACGACGCGCGCCGCGGAGGCGGAGGCGACGGCGGUGCUUGGCGCAGCGCUGGCGCCCUCGGCGUCGCUGCUGGGCACGUCGCUGCGCUGGCGGCGGUUGCGCGCGGAGGGCGAGGAGCCCACGGCACGCGAGAGGCUCACGUGCGCGUGGCUGCCGCUCAAGCCCGGCACCGAGGGCGACGGCGCGGCCGCGGCGCCAGCGCUGCGCUCCGAGUCGGUCAGCGGCGGGUGCACCGUCGUCAGGGAGUGGCGGCGUCGGGCCAUGGGGCACGCGGUCCUGUUUGGCGGCAUGACGCAGCAGACGUGGCUGACGGACGUGUGGCUGCUGCGCUGGCAGCCCGUGGCGACCGUCGAGGUCACGACGGUCGACUCGGGCGCCGCACCGGCUGUGGGGCCCGCGGACGGCCCCGUGCGCGCCUCCGUGGACCUGACGCUGGCCGGGGGCGCGCUGGACGCCGACGCGCCGGGGGGGGAGUGGGUCUGGCGGCGCGCCGCGGUCCACGGCGAGGCACCUGUCGCCCGGCGGGACCACGCGUCGUGCGCUGUCGGGGCCGACACCGUGCUGGUCGUGGGCGGCUUUGACGGGACGCGGGAACGGAACGACAGCUUCCUGCUGCACAUCGCGGAGCACGCGGACGGUGCGAGCGAGCCGACUGCAACGUGGGAGGAGGUCCCGAUGCAGGGCAUUGCCGGGCGGGCGGGCCACGGGGUGUGUUUUGACGUCAGGUCGGGCGUGGCGGUGAUGUUCGGGGGGUACUGCAGCCGCGGGGGCGCCGUGCACGGCCCGGACGGCGUGCACGGCCACCUCAACGACACGGCCGUGUACACGCCCGCGCACCGGCGGUGGUGGCGGCCCGACAUCCGCGGGGACCCCCCCCCGCACCGACGCGGGCACGCCAUGGCAGCGGGGAACGGGCGGGUGUUCCUGCACGGCGGCUUCAACGGCCGCGAGCACCUCUCGGACAUGCACGUCCUCGACACCGAGUCGUGGCAGUGGUCCCGCGUCGACCCGCGUGGACCGUCGCCCCCCCCGCGCCGGCAGCAUGCGCUGGUCCUGGUCGGGCGGCACGUGCUGCUGUACGGCGGGUACGACGGUCAGAGCUACCUGAACGACGUGUGGGCGUUCGACACGCGGCACGGCAUGUGGCGGCCGCUGGAUGUGGAGGCGCCGCCGUCGGAGUGCCCGCAGCCCCGCGCAGCGCAUGCGGCCGCGCUUGUGGGCCGCAGGAUCCUCGUCGCUGGCGGCAUCGGCUCCAGCGGAUCCGUGCCAGGCUGCCACGUCAUCGAAAGCGACGCCGUCGAGGCUGGUGCGCAGCUCACCGCUCGCGCGGUCGCCACCGCAGCUGAGGCCCAGCAGAUCAAGGAGCGGCUCAUCAACGCCGUCGGGGAGCAGCGCGGCACCCGUGAGAAGGCGCGCGCCCUGGAGAAGGACGCCGAGCGGUCGAAGAAGAUGCACGAGCGCGCGGUGCAGUCCGGAGGGGAGGCCAUCAAGGCCGCGCGCAUCCUGCGGCAGAAGCUCGCGGACGAGCGCGCGGAGGCGGCGCGGCUGCGUGCGGCGGCGGAGGCGGCGACGCGGCGCGCCGAGAAGCUGCGCAGGCGCCUCGCGGCGGCGUACAACGGCGUCGGCGAGCUCAACGCGGCCGCGGCCGAGGCUCUCGGGCAGCUCGCGCACCUCCAGGCGCAGGCCGACCACUGGCGGCGGGCCGCGGAGGCGCUGCAGGCAGACACGGAGGCAGCGCGCGCCGCCGAGGCGCUGUCCACGCAGCGCUGCUCGGACCUCACCCUGCGGCUGUCGCACGCGGAGCAGGCGUGCGAGGAGGCGCGUGCGUCGCUCGAGGCCCUCCCGGGCGUCGUGCAGAGCGUGCGCGACGAAAUGCAAGCGCACCACGACAGGGAGUUCGGCGCGGCGCGCGAGGCGUGGCGCGCAGGCACGCGGCGGCUGCAGUCGCAAAUCAGCGCCGCGGAGGCCGAGCUCGCCGCUGAGCAGCAGCGCGCGCGCGAGCUGGCCGCGGAGGCGGACGCGCUGCGCGCGACAGCGGCGCAGGCGCGUGCGGAGGCGAUCGAGGCGCGGGCGAGGGCCGCGGCGAGCGGUGCGCCCGCGGAGGCCGAGGUGCGGCGGCAGACGGCGCGCGCGGCGCAGCUGGAGCGCGAGCUCGCGGCGGCGGAGGAGGGAGUGCGCGACGCACGGCGCGCUGCUGCCGCGGCAGACGACCGCGCCGCUGCCGCCCGGGAGCGGAUCACGGAGCUGCGGGCUGAGCUGGCGGCGGCUGAGGGCCGGCGCGGUGAGCUCGAGGAGGCGUACGCGCGGCUGGAGGCGGAGAAGAGGGCUGCUGAGGCGCUGCGGACGGAGGCGACGAAGCGGGCGGCGGAGAUGCGGGGCGCGCUCACGGCUGACAUCGAGCGGCUGGAGGUGGCGCUGGCGCGCGAGCGCGCGCGGCUGGCGGAUCUGGCGACGUCGCGGGCCGCGACGGCUGCCGCAGGGGAUGCGAUGGCAGGUGGAGGGCGCGCUGGGUCGCCCCCGGGCACGCCGAGCAGCGGGCGAGUGCGGCGUGCGGCGGAGAGGCUGCAGCGCGAGGUGCGAGCGACGGGCGCGGACGCGCCUGGGUCGGACUCGGACGACAACGUGUCAGCGCUGGAUGACCCCCCCACACAGUCGAGUCUCGAGAGCGAGCGCGAGCCCGGCGGGGACGCGUCAGGCGCCGAGGAGAGCGGCAUUGCGCUGGACACGAGCGGGCCGGAUGACUGGUCCCGGGAGCUGGAGGAGAUGGGGUUGGGGCGCAGGGGCGGCACCGAGGUGGGGCGCUUGCGGGAGCUGGAACGCGAGCUGCUGGGCCUCGACGCGGGGGCGAGCACGGACGGCGGCGACGCGGGCUAG